AUGGAGGAGAUAGGACGUGCAAAAAACAACCAUCAGAAACCGUUAAGGUUUAGCGAUCUGUCCAAGGCUCAAAAGCAAGAAGAUAGAGAGGAUUUAGAAAAGCUUAAAGUGAAGGCGAACUUAAUGAAAAUCAGAGUGAAAAAUAUCAUUUCGAGUAUCCAUGAAGCAGCUCGCCAACUUGAUGAAGUGUGGAUAGAGUCCAAGGCAUUACAUGCUACUGGAACAGUUGGUAAUAUAGUGGGUGGGCUUCUUACAGUAGCAGGAGGAAUUGCGACAGCAAUGACAGCGGGUGUUGCCACGCCUUUGUUAGUAGCAGGCAUGGGUAUCGGUGUUGCUGGAGCUGGUACAAGCCUGUUGACAAGCUAUCGUGAAACCGCCAUAAACUGUUCAGAAAUCAAGAAAGCCGAAAGGAAGUUGCAGGAUGUUAGAGAAAGUAUAGCAGAUAUGAACAAUACUAUCCAAAUGUGGCUGGAAACGAAAGAGGACGCACGCUUGUUGUACAUUUGCUGCCUUGCUGAGCUAAAACCGGACAAGAAUUACCUCGUGACAAAGCUCUUACAGAAGGUGGUUUUGCAGACCAUAAUGCUCUCUGCGGUCAACGUUUUGCAAGCGACAGGAAGGACAGCAACGCGUCCAGGAGUGUUCGUUGCGGACUUAGUGGUUUAUAGAACGGUAAAUGCUGCGACGAAGGGUUUAGGUGGUGGUAGAGCCAAAGCUGCUAGUCAAGUUGCAAGUAAAGUGACGAUCGGAGUCAGUGCUGCGUUAGUGUUAUGGGAUGUCAUAGACCUGUAUUACACCAUCAAAGACAGUUGA